GUUCGCAUGCAACCGGUGAGCAUUCGCAUCCAGUGGCAAGCAAGGAUAUCUUUCAGUCAUCUCAAGGAUCUAGGAUUACUCUGCACCUGUGACUGCUCACUCAGGAGCAGGCAAUCAGGCAAUCGGAGGUGCACAUAGCCACAUAGCCACAUAGCUAUAGAAGAUGGUUUACGACAUGAGCCACAUGGCGGCGGGUCCGCCGCAGAGCAUUUCGCUGAGCCGCUACUACCUGGCCGACGAGGACGAGAUGGUUGGGCCGAACAAUCCGCAUCUGGUCAACGAGGAUUACGCGGCCAGCACGACGCUGGACAUCGAUAAGCGUUUCCAGGCGCGCAUGGCCUGCGAGACGGCCGCCCAACCGGCACCACCACCCCCGCCCACGCCGGCGCCACGACGCCGGACCACGCCCAUCGCCCACCUGGAUCCCUCGGAAUUGGUGGGUCUGUCGCGGGAGGAGCGACGUCGUCGCCGGCGCGCCACACUCAAGUACCGGACGGCGCAUGCGACGAGGGAGCGGAUUCGGGUGGAGGCCUUCAAUGUGUCGUUUGCCGAGCUGCGCAAGCUGUUGCCCACACUGCCGCCGGACAAGAAGCUGUCCAAGAUCGAGAUCCUCAAGCUGGCCAUCUGCUACAUUGCUUAUCUGAAUCACGUGCUGGAGACGCCCUGAGACAGCGCCGGCGUCUCCAGCUUCGCCACCAGCUGCCUCUUCAACGAGGCCAACUUCUUCGCCCCCCCGUAGGCGUGGGAGCGUGGCAAUCGGAUUCAGCAGGAGGCGUGGCGUGGAAAGGCCGGCGGCAAACUCGGCGAUGUGCAAACCAGAUCAUUGGAUAGAGUCACUCAAGGAGUCACCAACCUUAGUGUUCGAUGGACUUGGCUGAUGUGCUAACCUUUGGUUAAAUGUUAGAUGCACUUUUAUGUUAUUUUUGGUGAUUUUUGCUUGGUUUUCGGCUUGGGUCACAAUUUAACCUAAGGUUAAACUACUUCACCAUUCACGCGAAAUAUAUGAAAUGUAAGGUGUGAAACUAUUAGCCAAAGUUGGUGAAUAGAUGAUGAAUAGAUGUUGAAUAGUUGGUGAACUACCUAAAGUUCAUUGUGCACAAUCACCAAUUCGCACUAUAGUUUCUAGAAAUAUCGCAUAUAAGAAAGCCUAACCGAAUGCUAACACUAGUAACUAACUAAGUCUAGAGAUUUUCAAUAGUACAUAUGUACAAUUAGAUUGAUGGGAAAGCAGUGCUUAACCCGCAAAAGAAAACCUUGACCAAGGGUUAUAACCAAAAAACUAAGAAACUAAAUAAUUAAGAAACUAAGAUACG